CGGCCUAUGUUUAUAUCAACAUCUUUGUUAUUCACUAAUAAUAUGUUAACAAAAAUAUUUGAACAAUUGCUUGUAUUAUCUGUGCUUUUAUCAGUAAUUACGGCAAUAUUUGUAAAAAUGGGUGACUAUCCCGGUAUCACUGACACUGAAUAUUGUGGUAUAAGUCACAGUCCGGUUGUUGUGUCAAUUACACCAAAGUCUAAGUGUUAUAAACAUGAAGUACCGCUUAUUAAGUUUGUAGAUAUGAUCGGUAAUCGACAUUUUAAGCCAUCACCUCUACAAACACCAUCACAAAGCAGAAUAUACAAUGGACGUAAUAGUGAAAUAGGUGAAUCACCAUGGACAGUUAUGAUUAAAUAUAACCAGUUUCCAACAAACAAUUAUAUGCGCUGUACAGGUGUGCUAAUACAUCCCCAAUGGAUUUUAACGGCCGCUCAUUGUAAUUAUAAAAAAGACUCGGAUCAUAAUCACAAUUCUAUGUCACAUAUUCGAGCAUUCAUUGGUGAUAACCAGCACCGGGAGGGCGGUCUGAUUUCAUCGAUCAAAGAGAAAAAUGUGCACAGACAUCCCAAUUAUUUAUCUAAUGGUGACCCAGAGUCAGAUAUAGCUCUAUAUAAACUGGACACAGGUAUGAACGCCUUAAUACAUGUAUCGCUGAAAGAGUCAAUGCAAAGGCUGAAGAUUGGCACCGUUUGUUUGCCAACAAACGACACUGUUAUCAAUAAAGACCGACAAAAUGCAACUAUGUUUGGAUGGGGACCUAAAUACAGGAAACGAAUAGUUACUAGUGAUAUACAUACUGUUAAAUUUGAUAUCAAAGAGUCAAUGCAACUACAAAGUGGUGACUUUGUUUUGGACGCAUACCCUAAUUGUGACAAAUUUUUGUGUACUCGAUAUGAAUUACAUCCGGAAGCUAUGCGAGUCAGUGGAUGUAUGGGCGAUGAAGGGGCAGGUCUUGUCCACUACAACGACACUUACCGAACCAAAGCUGUAUUGAUUGGCAUAUUUGUUGGUUCAUCUAAUAGUGAAUCCGAUAAGUUUUUUGGUGUCAAUUGUAACGAACAGGUUAAACGACUGUUUUGGGUAUCAGUGCCCAAACAUAUUAAAUGGAUUAUUAACACAAUUAAAGACUAUCCUUUAAAUUGUUAA